CAGAAAAUAGAGAAAAUGUAGAAAACUGGAAUAAACUAUUCAAAUUCACCGUCAAAAUCAAAUAAUUAGAAUUAAUUUAAUUCGACAAUUACUUACGUCGGUCAUUAGAAAAUGCCGGAAAAAAUGGGUCAUUUGUGAAUUCAAAUUAAAAUCACAACUUCAUUAUCAAAGUGGCAGAGGACGUAUCUUGAUUUCUAGUAAUUUAAAUAUAAAUUUAAGAAGUAAUUUCAGAAACGAUUGGAAUCAUGGAUGAAUCGCAGGAUAAAUUUUGUCAUUGUGGAUGUGAGGCUCCGGGAACAUAUAAACCAACGGAGCCACCAAGCGAACCAUGUUGUUGCUGUAAUUAUAAUCCAUUCAGUGAUAAUUCUGAGGAUGCAGAAAUUUAUGAUCUGCCGUUUGCCCUGCGAAAACUAACAGUAAUGAAAUGUCAAAUGAAGAAGUGGCGGAUGGAACGACUUCAAUUGGAAAGUGAAACUCGAUCUUUAAAGCAAGCCCUUCAACAAUAUGGUAUUAAUGUUGACGAGGCUUUAAAACCUGAUCCUCUAAUUGUCCACUAUCGAGAGGAAAAUUUAAGACUCCAAAAUCUUACUGAAGAAUUGGAGGAUAAAGUGAAAGACCUCGGAGAUACUUUGGAUGAACGUGAUUAUUCUGAAGAUCCUUGCGAAUCAGUAAAAUACAUCCGCGAGAAAAUGAAGGAUCUUCGUAAACAUUUUGUUGAUGAAAAGAAACAAUUAAGAGACAAAAUAGCAGCCUUGAAUCUGAAGAUUGCAGAAAUAGAUGACGACUCUUCGUGCUCAGCUCUGAAUCGCCUUAGAGCAAAACUUCGUGAAUUGAUGAAAGGUGGACAGAGGGCUGAUCAGCAAGUUUCGAUAGUUGUAGAAAAAUCGAUAGAAACGAUGGUAGAGCUUUCGAAAGGCUGCGAAGAUUUAAAAUCCGAAAACGAAAACCUUUUGGCUCAAUUAGAAGCUCUUAAAAAAAAAAUGGCACCAGACGUUUCUGAACUACAUGAUAAAAUCAAAAAAUGUGAGGCUCUUAUUGCUGAUUUAAAAAGACAACUUGUUGAACAGGAUGAAAUAAUUAACAAUCUGGAGAAAAAGCUUUUUGAUGAGGAAAGAGUUUCUGGGCAGCUUGAAGAAGAUUUGGACAAAACGAGUGUUAGUCAAAAAGCAUUGAUGAAAGAACUUGCUGCUAUGAAGGAAGAAUUGAAAAAGAGGGACGAAAAGCUCACCAAACUUUUGCGAAAUUUAAGAAGUUCAGCUGUUAACCUUUUGGGAAUGGAGAAAUUGACAGGUGAAAUUGAAAUACUUAAACCUCAGCUUUACAAUACUGAAAUAGAAAGGAAUAAACUUUUAGAAGACCUGGGGAAAAUUCGAGGCCUCGUAUCGGAAAGAAAUGAUCAAAUUUUAAAAAUUUUGGAACAAAAAGAAAAAAUGUCCGGUGACUGUAAAGCAAAACUACUUGCAAUGCAGACAAGAGUAGAUACUUUAUUGGAUCAAGAAAUCCUACUAAGAAAAGAAAUCCAAGACCUAAAAACAAAAAUCAAAGAAUUGGAAGAUGAAAUUGCAGGUCUACGAGCAAAGAUAUCAGAACUGGAACAAAAAAGCAAUGAAAAUGAUGAUCUUAGCAAGAAGAUUCAAGAUGUUGAGGACCAGCUUGCUAAAUUAAGCGCAGAACUUACUUCAGCUCAAAAUUGGGCAAAAGAACUUGAAAGUGAAGUGAGCGAUUUGAAGUCUGAGAAAGAAAAAUUAUUCAAGAAUUUGACUUAUUCUGAGGCUGAAGUUGAAAAAAUAAAAAAAUAUUUGGAAGCUGAAAAAGCUGUCAAGGAAAGUCUUUUUAAAGAUCUUGAAGCAUCGAAGGUAGAUCUUGAAAAAUUGGAACAGGAGAAUAGAAAUUUGAAAUCAGAAAAUGAGAGCUUGAAAGACAAUCUUAAGAAGUUAGAAGAGGAAAUAAAGUUUUUUAAAGAAGAAAAUGAGAUGUUUAAGGCAGAGAAUAGUAAUAUUAUUGCAGAGAAUCAAAAGCUUAAAGAAGAUACUGAACAGAUGAAAGUAGAAAAUGCAAAAUUGCAAGCAGGAAUCCAGACAUUGGAAAAUGAACUCAUAAAUCUAGAAGCUGAAUUGAAAGCGCUUAGGGAACAAAAUAAAAAAUUAAGUGAAGACUUAGAAAAUGUGAAACGAGAAUUAGAAAAAUCAUUGAAUGAACUGACAAGCUUUAAAGAAGAGAACGAGAAGUUGAAAGCUGUUCUUGAAAAGAUAAGGGACGAUUUAGAAAAGUCAAUAAAAGAUAAGGAGGAACUUCAAUCUAAAAUUGAUGAUCUUAAUUCUGUGGUUCAGAAACUCAAAGUCGAGAAUGAUAAAUUAAUAAAUGAGAAUAAUAAAUUAAAGGAAGACGUGGAUCAAUUCAAAGCUGAAUACAAAAUGCUCGAAGAUGAAUGUCAGAAUAUGAAAAAAGAAAAUGGAAAUGUAGCUAAAUUAGAAAUGGAAGUAUCAGCUGUUAAGGAGCAAAAUGAAAAGUUGAAGGCUAUGGUUGAAAAGAUGAAUGGAGAACUUGAGAAUUCACGAAUAGAUAAUGAGGAGCUCGAAGCAGAAAUUGAUAGUCUGAAUUCUGAAGUUGAUAAACUAAAAGUUGAAAAUGAUAAAAUUUCGAAAGAAAAUGAUAAUUCAAAAUCCAAUGUUGGUCAGCUAGAGGACGAAAAUCAGAAAUUGAAACAUGAAAAUACAAAACUAAAAGAUAACUUAGAAAAAUCGAACUCCGAUUUAGAUAAACCGAAAGCUGAUUUGGAAAAGCUAAAGUUUGAUUUUGAUAAAUUGAAGUUAGAAAAUGAAGAAUUAAAAGAAGAUCUAGAAAAAGUGAAAGCUCAGGCCAAAAACUUAAAAAAUGAUUUGAAGAAUUUGUCAGAAGAAUUGAACAGGGUCAGAAAAGAAAAAGACAACUUUCAAGAAAAAUUAAGAAAUCUUGAAAAUGAUUUAGACAAAUUGAAAGCUAAGAAUACUAAUUUGAUUUCAGAAUGGAAAAAAGCAAGAGAUGAUAAUGAAGUAUUAAAAAUUGAAAUGGAUUCUUUGAGGAACGAAAAUUCCAAGCUUGAAGCAGAAGGAGAUAGUCAGAAGGAGGAAAAGAAUAAAGCAAAUGAAGAGUUGCGAUCACUAAAAGAUCAAAAUGCAUAUAUGUCUAAUGACUUAGAUAAUGCUAAAUCAGAAAUUAAUUAUUUAAAAGGGGAAUUCGAUAAAUUAAAAUCUGAGUUGGAGUCCUUAAAUAGCAAAAAGAAAGCAGCUGAAGAUGAAUUGAAUGCUUUGAAAAAUGAGUUGAAAGAUUUUUUCACAAAGUUUGAUGAACUCAAGGAUGAGAAUAAUCGUCUUAAGUCAGAAAGGGAAAGUCUUCGAAAGUAUUUAAACGAUAUGAAGAACGAUUUUUCGAUAUUAGAAAAAGAAAAUUCUGAGUUCAAAAAAGAACUCGCUAAAUUGAAAUUAGAAUUAUCUAAGAUUAUAGCUGAAAAUGUUAAUUUGAAGGCUCAACUUGCUGAAAUGGUAAAAGAUUAUGAUAAAUGUCAGGCAGAUAAUUGCGUACUGAAAAAUGAAAUUGACAAGUUAAACGCAGCAGUUGAGAAUCUAAAGAAAGAAUUAAGCAAGUUUGAUGCGAAGAGAAAAGAACUUGAAGGUCAAGUCUUGUCUAAAGAGGACGAGAAAAAUAGUCUGGAAGGAGAAAUUAAAGAUUUGAAUAGAACAUUGGAAGCUGAAAAACUUGAGAAGGAAGCAGCUUUGAAAAAAGUGAAAGAACUCAAUGAAGAACUGCAGCUUUUGAAAGUUGAAUUGGAAAAGUUGAGAUCUGAAAAUGAUCAGCUCAGGGCAGAAGCAGAUGAUUUGAAGAAACAAUUAAUUUCGAGUAUAGAUGAAUUGAAUAAAGCUAAGAGUGAAAUUUCAGCUUUGAAAGAUGACAAUAAGAAAUUGAAGGACCAGAGUGAUACCUUAGCUAAUGAAAGUGAAAAGGUGAGUGGGGAGUUGAACAAGUGGAAAGCUGAAUCUGAAGCUAAACGACACGAAAAUAUGAAAUUGAAAGGUGAAGUUGAUAAGCUGGGGGCAGAGAAUAAUAAGCUCAAAAAUGAAAUUGAUGGUUUAAAGAAUGAAGUAGGUGGACUUAAAAACGAUAAUAGUCAACUUAAAAAUGAAUUAGGAGCUGCAAAAAGUGAGCUUGAUAAGUUGAAAUCCGAAUUCAGUGCUUCGAAAGCUGAAAAUGAGAAACUGAAAGCGGAAAUUACUAGUUUGAAGUUUGAAGUUAGUAGAUUAAAUGAAGAAGUUAGUAGUAUAAAAGCCGAGAUGGAGAAAUUAAGAAAAUCCUUGACUGAUGGAGAAGCUAGGAUAAAAAAUUUAGAAGGCCAGCUUGCGUCUAUAGAAUCCGAAAAAGCAAAACUUGUGAUAGAAUUGAAUGGUUUGAGGAAUGAGCUUGACAAAUUGGAAAAGGAAUUAACAUCUGAUAAAAGUGCUCUUAAAGAAGCAGAUGGUUUCAAAUCGGAAUUAUCAAUGAUGAGAGGUGAAUUAGAAAAAUCUAGAGCAGAGAAUGAAAAGUUCAAAUCUGAUUUGGAAGCAUCGAAGCAGAAAGUUGCUGAAUUAAAAAAUGAUAACGGAAUUUUAAAAGCAGAGGUGGAAAAAUUAAGAAACGAAUUAAAUAUUUUGAAGAGCGAAAAAUCAAAGCUUAAUGAUGAUGUAGAUAAACUAAAAAGUAAUCUAGAGAAGAAAACGAUUGAUUUUAAUUCUUAUAAAGCAGAACAGGAGAAGGAAUUGAAUAAUUUUAAAGCAGAGAAUGAUCGGUUGAAGAAAGAUCUUGCAGAUAUCCAUAUGAAGGUGAAUGUGGAAGAUCGGCUGAAGAGUCUUCCAGAUGGUAAAGCAAAACUGGAAGCAGAAGUGGCAGAUUUAAAAUCACAGUUGGGAAAGUUGAAGCAAGAUAUAAUGGUUGAAAAAGAAAAUAAAGAAGCUUCUAGGAAAGAACUCGAGGCGUUGAAAAAUACUUUAGCUGAUUUGAGAAAUGAAAUUGGAAAAUUGAAGGAUGAAAAUGAGAAGUUGAUACUAAAGAAUGCAAAUUUGAAGAAGCAGAUUGAUAAGCUGAAAAGCGAAGCUGAAAAAUUGAAAGGAGAUUUUAAUUAUUGUGUGGCUGAGAAUGAAAAGUUAAGAGCUGAAAUUCAUAAAUUGCAAACAGGUUUAGAGAAGCUGAAAGCAGAGUUAGAGAAGAUGAAAGUAGAGAAGGACAAGAUGAAAGAUGCACUUGAAAUAUCAAAAGCAGAUCUAGAAAAAUUGCAUGCUGAUUUACAAAAUGCAAAGGGAGAUGCUGAUAAAUUGAUGUCUGAAAAUAAAAAGUUGAAGCAUAAUGCUGAAUCUAAUAAGUGGAAGGAAGAAUUGGAAGAGUUAAAAGUGGAACUUGCUAAAGCAAAAAAUGAAGCUAAUAAAUUUAAAGUAGAAGCUGAUAAGUUGAAAGCUGAAGCACCUAAAGGUCGAACUGGAAGGGUACCAGAAGAAAUAAAAAUGUCUGACGACGAAAGUGGUGAUUUUAUGAAGUCCAAUGAGAUUUUAAGGAAUAGGAUGCAGGAACAAAACGAAGCUAUUGAUCGUGUCAGAAAAUUCAUUGGUUUCGUGGAAGGCAAACAUUCAUCAAAACCUUUGAUGGCUGAGAAUUAUAAUGUGGAUGAUGAUUCUGGAGGUUGGAUAGUACCAGCAGUAAAUGAAGUAAUGAAAAAGUCACAAAAACUGUCAGAAAAUAUUUUCAAAGCCGAGAAAGAAAUUCAAAAUCUCGAGGCUUUUCUUCAUCAAAAGAAUUUUGGUGAUUCGGAAUCUGUGGUUCCAGAAGGACCUAAAGGAGAUUUUGAUGCUGAUUCCUGGUUGGGUUCUUUAACGCUGACGCAAUUGGCCGAGCUUCACGAUAAGAUUUGUCUGCUUACUGCUUCAAUGGUUGAAAUUGAUCACAGUCCUAUUGGUUCAGAGAGAACAUUUCCUGAAAAUAAAAUAGAGAACCAACAUAUUCCUGAAGUAUCAGAGAAUUCUUUGGAAAUAAAUUAUGAAAUCCUAAAUAAAAGAAUUGCAGCUUUACAGAAGCAGAUCUCUCAAAAAGAAUUAGAAGCUUCGAGAAAGAUGUAUGAGAUGAAAAAUAUCCUUCGUCAAGAGCAAAUGCAGUUGAUUAGGAUUUCUGAAGAAAUGACUCUAGAGAAAAAACGAAAUUUAGCACUUCAGAUGUCUAUUGAUCAAGAGCCUUGCUGGACAAAUAAUUGUAUAGGCGAAUGCAGAGGAGAUUUUGACAAUCUUAGAGAACAUUAAUAAGAUUUUAAAUUCUUAAUAUAUUUAAUCAAUAAUAUUUUUAAUUUAUCAAGUCUUUUAUUCUCUUUUGGGGUUAUCCAUAAACUACGUUACCAAUUUUAGGCUCUUUUGACCCUCUUCCCACCCCCCUCGUUGACAACCAUAUAUAUAUGCUGAAUUUUUAACAGAAAAGAUUAAUUUUCUAACCACAAGGAGGAUUUUUUAAGAAUGUAUAUUAAUUUUCUAGCGAAUAGUUUAAUUUUCCACUUACAGAGGAUACAUUUCUGACGAACAAGGGAAAAGUACAAUUUUUAGAGAAGAAAAUGAAUUCUCAGAAAAAAUAUAUAUCUAAGAAAAAAUUCACUGUGAAGCCAAAGAGUUAAAUAUUACAAAAAAUAAUA